AUGGCGUCAGUGUCAAGCAUAUUUGGGUGUGGUGUAUCGAUGGCGCCAAAUUCACUGAGAAACAAAGCAAUUCGAACUGAAAGAAGAAAUGUGUGUGGAGGAUUGUUGAUUGAGUGCUCAUCGAGGCCACAGAAGAAAUCAACUGCACAUCACAUGAAGACGAGGCCGAGAAAAUCACAAUUGUCCGAUAAGAAUCGGAAGCCGACCGUGUAUGCUCCGUUGCCUCCACUGCCUCCUGAUUUUACGAUUGUUAUUCCCGCUGAUGCAUCGACGGUUGAUCUUACUCCUCUGCCUCCCACUCCUUCUGAUUGA